UUCAAUGAGGGUGGAGAUUGCGCCGUGUCGUGUCUCCGAGUCUUCCGCCUCUUGCAUCCUCGCACAGUCGCAUCUAAUAUACACAACAGUUCUUCCAUCAAUUAUUCGUCCUUUGAACCGUAGUAUUUUUAGUGUUAAAACGACGUUAACAUGAUCCACGAGAAACCGUGCCCGCUAUCCUGGAGCGAGUCUUGAUCAACGGACAGAAAAGGGGAUUCCGAUGAAUUCGAGCGAGCCUGUACGAGGUUUCCUGUAGAUUCAACAUUCCAAUUGCAGAGCAUUGGAACUGAAAAAGGUGGUUAGCCAUGUCUACAAGGUCCAAGGAGAAGGUAGUCGCCGCGUUUCGGAAAUUCUUUCGGUCUUCUGAGAAAAUCUCGGAGCCAGAAGCUGCGAGCAGUUCGACGAGCUCUCCUUCGAGAAGGCUUCUUAGUCGUCACCAUCGGCCAGACGCGGUUACACCAUCGGACGGUGCUUUGCCUGAAAAUUCGGGCGCUGGCAAUUCUGGUCAUGGAACUUGUUUCUUCAAGUCCAAGAAGUCCAGUGGGACUUCCGCUCAGGGCACCGUGGCGGUACCGGACAAAAGAGUUCGCCUUCGACGGUUAAUGAAGGAGCUCGGCGAAAUCCAGAGGACCCAGCAUCGGCUCGACUCGACCUUCACCGCAGAAUUGGUCAACGACAACUUGUUCGAAUGGCACGUCAGGCUACACAAGAUCGAUCCGGAAAGUGAACUGGCUGCGGAUAUGAGAGAGCUUAAUAUACCUUACAUCCUUUUACACGUUGUCUUCCCAGAAAACUUCCCUUUCGCACCACCCUUUAUGCGGGUUAUUUCGCCUAGAAUCGAGAAGGGGUUCGUAAUGGAGGGUGGUGCUAUUUGUAUGGAGCUUCUUACACCGAGAGGUUGGGCCAGUGGCUACACUAUUGAGGCGGUUAUCACGCAAUUUGCAGCCAGUAUUGUUAAGGGACAGGGUCGCGUGGCGAGGAAGCCCAAGUCAAACAAAGAAUUCAACAGAAGAUCCGCUGAAGAGUCCUUCAGGAGCCUCGUGAAGACCCAUGAGAAAUUCGGAUGGGUGACACCCCCUCUCGCCGAGGGUUGAUCACAUUAACGGCGCCGAUGAAACAAAACAUGGUUAUUUCAGGGAAAAGUGGAACGUUGCCCACCACGAGCAGGUUUCAAGAGUCAGUUACAUUCGUUCUGUUUUUUUCCUUUCGAACACGACAGUAUCGUGACUUCAUCACGGUUGCGAUAACGUGUUUGAUGGAUCCCACAGGAAACAGAUUAGUUGAGAUGAGAAAUGGAAACGGUUACCAGUUUUAUGCAGUACACGAAAUGUUAUAUAGUGGCUUGUACAUUAAAUUUACUGUCACGGAGUUUCCGUAAGGUUUGUACCAUGAAGUAGCGACCAUUCCGGGCUUCCCUUGAACUUUUUCGUCUUCCAUUUGAAGUUUGUGCGAACAUUUUUGUUCAUGAUAUUUGUUUAUGUCUUUUUUUUACAAAGCAACUAUAUAGAAACUUGUUUCUGCAUUGAACGAUUUGAUUAAUUAGGGAAAACAGUAAUGCCUGUAUUAAAUUGUUUAAGUUAACGUUUCAUUAUAUUUUGUUUAAUUAUAUGUGUUACAAAUCAAUAAAAUCUGCAGUCUAUUAACGAGGAAAAAUAAGAAACAUCUCAUAAAUGAUGUUAUAGAUGGAUCUUAAAUUUGGUCUACUAUCAUUUUAUAUAAACUAAAUUGUUGCACAUGCAUAAAAGUGUGUAAAAAUAUUAUAUAUGAAAAAUGGUAAUAUUACAUCCAUGAUAGUAAACUUUUAUAUAAUGCAGGGAGAAGGCAUAUAAUUUUUUAAAGCAAUGUAUUCAUUCGUGUUUGUUAAAAAUUUUAACCCCCUAUACAUUUAUGUCAUGGGAGCCUGUAGAGUACAUUUUUAUAUUACAAUAGCUAAAUGAAAGAAAAAAGAUUUAACAUUGUUACCUAUUCUACAGGCAAUGUUUCGUCUAUCUAAAAUAGAUUUAACUUGAGCAAUAGUAUAAUUUACAAUGUUAUGAGAUUACAAUUACAUUAUUACAUCGGAUCAAUAUGCGAAACCUCUUGUAUUUAUUGUAAAUUAUCGCUAAUAUCUGGUUAAGCUUAAUAUCAUUGACUUUUUACUUGCUGAACCUUACCCUUUCAUGUGACAUUAUUUUCUUUGUUCUUGAUUUACUCAUGUUUCUUUUAUUUAAUUUACAUGAUUCUUUUAUAAUCAAAUUGCAAUUUUCUUUAUCUAAAGAUUAUUGCAUCUUUAAUGGAUGUUAAAUUGAGAUCAAAUUUUUCGGAGUACUUAAAUGAAAUAUACAUGUUUCAUUAGCUAUAAAUAGCUCAAUCUUGUUAUCUUUUCUUUAUAUCUAUUUACGUUUUUAUUUUUAUUAUCUUUCACUUUUUGUUGUUCUUCUCUUAUAUCCCUUGUUCAUAUUUUUUAUUGCGUUAUGCAAACGUUAUUUUGUUUUGUUUUUUAUUAAAGAUAAUAUUAGUACUAUAAAUGCACACGCACAGGAACGCACAGAUGUAUAUAUCAAUGUUUUCAUUUAAUAUUUCGAAUUUAUUAAUCGAAGGAUGAAAAGGCAUCCUCUUCACAUUUCACUUACAGUUUACAGUUUGUUGACUUAUUUGUCCUUUACAAUACAAAUAAGUAUUUUAAUAAAAUUCGAUUCAUAGUUUUGUUACAUUCUUUACUGUGCCUGUCAUUAAAACAUUGGUUGUUUAUAUAUCAGGCACAUUUCUGUCAGUUUCUUAUUUUUCUAACAGUAUUAUGGAGUUUAUAAAAAAUCCUAUGCUUCGUGUACAGUGUAAAAAAGAGGAAUUUAAUCUUAUAGUUCGCUAUAAAUUCUAACUAUUCAUUAAUAAUUUUUGUUUACAUGGAAAUUGUUGGCAAAAUGACAACAAUGUCUCUUAUUAUACUUGAGCUAGAAAUAUGGUGUACCAAACUGCUCUUGAGCUAAUGUAAAUGUAGCUGAACUUUCUAAAGCAUUGGUAUCGUACUGUAAUGUAAUAGUAACAAUAAUCACAUUUACUUGUAAUUGAGAAAUUACAUCAUAGAUGUUUCAGAGUGCUUCAUUUUUUUGUAGACUAUAAUUAUAUACAGAGGUGUUAAAAUUAUUAUCUGAAUAUAUUAUAAUUUAAUUAUAAAGACGUUAACAAGAUUAUUAAAUAAAAAUGUUUUAUUCCUUUCUUUUUGUGUUUUUAAAAACCAAUUAUUUAAGUAUUUGAAUUCAUAAUAUUUUCACGUUAUAGGAUGCACUUAUCAUUUCAUUGAAUCAAUUCAAAUUUUGUAAAACUGUCAUUAUGUUUUAAUAACACUAAAUUCCUAAUCUGUACGUGGCAUCAUAUUCGAAGAUUACCUAAAAAUGUAUCGAUUAAGUGUAAUAAUCUACAAAUAUUAAAUUAACAUAAGUAACAUACAUAAAUUUGUUUAUGAUUCGAAGCUAAUAAUUUACACACUUCUGUAACUUUAACAAUCUUCCUUUUUCUUUUCUGAUGAUAUACAAGGCACGUCAACGGUUGUUAUUGACAGUUUAAAUUCAUUGCUUCUUUGUUACAUUGCCAUAAAAAAUAUUUUUUUGCGGAAAAAUAUCGUUUCCCCUAAAUUACAAUUUUGUUCUCUUGAUACAUCCCACUGAUGGUCACAGCUACAAUAUCGUCUACAAAAACGUUUAUAAUAAUCAGCAGCUUUGUUUGUAGUAUCGAGAUGAUACGAAUUUAAAUGGAAGAAAUACUUUCUUCGCCACUCUUCAGCUAUUUGUAAAUUCUAUCUCGCCACCCUAAAAAACGUUCAAAAAUAUUUUCCGCAACAAUUUGAGCGUAAUUCUACGGUUUCACGUUUAGGCAUUUUAUAAUUUAAUGGCACGUUUAACUAGUAAGGAAAAUGUGCCCAUUAAAACGAGUACGUACGUAAAAGUUACUGCUACUUAUGGAUACAUCAGCGAGAACUUAUUAAAGAAAGCAGUUUAUCGGUAUAUGAAAGAUGAUAAAUAACUUAUGGUUGCUCGUGUCGUAUGUACAAUUAAAUAAUAUAAAUACGUACGGCUGAUUUGUUUAUGUUACAAUAUUAUGCACGCGAAUAUAAUAAAAUCAUCAUUACACAAAAUAAUUGUUCUACAGUUUUACCGAUAGCAUGAUAGUGUCUAAAUCGUUCUGUGCGCGUUGAUAAUCGAUCGCGUAUCCAUGAUUCGGUUUGACUACUGUACGAGACGUUUCUUUGUCCAUUUAAAUAAACAUUUCGAUUACAUUGAUAGUUUGGCAUGUAUUUCUUGCUCACGGAACGUAAUGUUCUAUACACGAUUAAAACUUUUGUGUCUAAACUCGCAUGAUCGAUGUGUUUAAGAUGCGUUUAACGAUCAAAAUACCAUGUCAAGUUUCCGAGGACAUGUUAGGUUGAAAAGAGAGCAGCGAUUACUAUAUAUCCAUGUUAAAUUUUUAUCAUAAAUUAUUCAGACUCAGAUAGCAUCAUUUUGAAUUCCCCGAUAGAUAACGAUUACUUUUAAAAUUCAAAUCUUGUUUUAACGAGAUAUUGAUAUUGCCUGUACCAGAUCAUUUUUAAACUCUAGACUUAGUACCGAAGUAACUUCAUUACUUUUCAGUACAGAUUCUAGACUUUUAGUACCGAAGAGACUUCACUAUACCAUCAUAACUCCUGAUCCUGAUUACUGAAUCAAAAACGAUGCCAUAUGAUUCAAUACAACAAUAGUUUCUCAUACAACAAUCACAUGGAGAAACGAAGAUCUAACGUAUGCAUAUAAAGAUCGCUGCUCGCUUUUAAGUUAAGCGUAUUCCCUAACGCUCAAUGUAGUCAUCCGAGCCCCUAUUGCGAAUCAAUGCGCGUUAAUCGUUGGGAACACGUAAUCUCCUUAGAACUAAACGCGGCUGAUGUCUCGCGAUUGCGUUUAUGCGAUCCUCUCGAGCGGACCUCGCGUUGUUGUGUUACGAUAGAGGAAUUCGAUAAUUGACACACCAUCAACUGCAUUCUUACGUGCUAAGUAUGUGCUGGGUGGUGUGUGCGCAUACGAAACGCGGGGUUGCGAAUGUUACGUCCAGGACAUGUCGGUGAUUCGCAAAGUCCGCGCGAAACGGCACAGAUUUUAUUGGAAUGUUGCGCUCGAUUCAAUCGAGACGCGCAACCGUCGAGCGCGUGUUUUCUGGUUAACGCGUAUGAAACGAGCUUGUCGAUUUGGUAGCGUCGGUGGUGCUCGUCUUACGAGGAUCCCGUGGAAAGCUGUACACACGCGUUACAGCGAACGAAGCGUUUCGUCUGGGCAUCUCAAUCGCUUUUCUCUUCUUGCACACAGAGGAAUAGCUUCACGCAUAUCAUGUUCAGAUUAUCUGUAACAGGGAAGAUCGAAUGUUAUUACAGUUGGAAGAUGACUUGAUGUCUAGUGGAACAGCAGGGGUAGGAGGUGUGUUUUUACUUCACAGUUUUACAGUUUUUAGUGAUGGCGUGUAACCGUACUGACGAACAGCAAAUUGGUGAUUGAAAAUAGCUGUAAUUAGGAAAUAAAAACAAUAGAACAUUGGAGGAGAAAACUAGAACUAUCGAGCAGACAAGUUGAUUCUUUUAAAUUUUUCUGUAGAAACUCUCAGAGUAUAUCUAUUGGGAUUUCGACUGACCUAUAAAAUUCAGUUUGUGUAUACUUUUUCAGAGAAGCAUUUGUUAUCUUUUCAAUAAUUGUAGAAGAAGAAUUCAGGAAUGGGUUAUUUUUACCUAUUCGGUAGUUUUAGUGUUAAACGUGUUGGCAGCUUUGAGUCAAUGAUAACGUUUUGUAUUUAAUUGAGAAACAGCUGGGAUAACGAGAAAAAAGUAGAACGAAAAAGAUUUUAUUAAUCCAUAAAGUUAAAUUUAAAGUUAUAGUUGAGUGUUAUAGUUUAUAGAUUUACUAACUUAUGGUCAUUAAACAGCUGUACAAUUACAAAAAAGUAAAUAAAUGGGCAUUGAUUUGUAAGCUGUUUUCAAAGAAACGAAAGUGUUGGUAUAUUUAAAGAAAUUCGUUGGUAUGGAAUAUUAUAUUAAAUGUUUAUGUUCUGUCUUAUGUUUGUCGUAUUAAAAGAAGUAUCGUAAAGAAUAUGAGAAAUAAAAUGUAACAAAUAAUUUCUGAAGAAAAGUCAUCUCGAAAGAUUUGUAGCUAUUUCCGAUAGCUAGAACGCAAUGUUUCUAAAAUUCUAAUUUUCAAUGACAUCAAUUUUUAGUAAUGUGUUUAAUUAAUUGUUUUAAACGGUUCAUUAAUAUUUUUCAAUCUCGUAUGUAAAAAAUUUGUAAAAUUGACUGUUAAUUACUAACUGGUAAUCCAAAAUGCAUUUUUAGUACUGUUACGGUAAACAAGUAGCUUCCAUCUUUAUCACUAAUGUUUAUACAAUAAGUUUCUUGACGAAUUUAUAAAUUUGAAGCGUAGUAUUAUAAGUAUGCCACAAGUUUUACAAAACCAGUAGAAACAGUGUUAGCAAGUUUAGUGAGUAAAUUUUCAUACAUUAGGUUCAGUAAUAAGUUUUUUUCAUCCCAAUUCAAUCGCUUUUUUAGAAAAAGUUUCAAAACAAUUUAAUUUAAAUCGUAUUCUGUGUUAUUAAAUCUAAUUUUCCAUUCUACUCAGAUAGUAGCUUGUCAGUUUACCAGACAAAAAGUUUAGCUCGGUUUGAGAAGAGCAACAUUUACUUCAUUUUCAUUAUUGAAUUUGUUCCAUUUAUGUCAUUUUUUAAAGAAUCAAAUAAAUAAUAAUACAGAUCAUUAUAAGUUCUGAUAGUGCUUCACCAAAAACAUCAUAUAUUUUCUGACAAUUGUAAACUCUGUAAAUUUUUAUCAUUUUUAAGGUUUUAAAUUUAACUUUUAAAAUUCUUAUUAACAUAAAAUAAAUAUUCAAACUUUUCAAAAAUGUUAUAAUUCAUUAUCUGCACCGUCAAUUACUUAUGUAUGUCUCGACUCGAUAGUAUGUCACAGGAACGUACGUCGUACACAACGUACUUGGCUUGCUAGAAACUGCAUUCAACAUUCCUGGCUAAAACUUGAUGAAUUGUAAACUACAUGUUACCGUGUGUUGCCUGGUGGAAUUACAUUUUGCUGACGUAUUUGUUAGUAUUUGUUGCACAAGACAAAGUGAAUCUACAUGAAGGAAUAAGUCGAAAGAUAGAAAUAAAAUUUUUUUAUAAGAACUUCAAUUUUUAAUAAAUCUACGUAUAUUGACCGUUUGUUUGAUGCACCGUAUAUUCUGUGUCAAACACAAGCAUAGCGUAAGAUACAAUUAUGUAAACUAGGAAUUGCUGCAUCAAGACAAACCCAGAUAUCUUGCAAGAAUUUUUGUGAAGUUAUUGAGGUGGCAAUAAACGUGGAAAAGCUCAAAGUUAGUAAUAGAACAAUAAAGAAUUGAAUAAACGUCCGUAGGCCGAUAAGAUCUCAGGAACUAAAUUCGAGCGAAAUUCUAGAAAAGAAUUUAUAAAAUAUGAAAUGUCUCGAAAAAUAUGAAAAAACAAAAAAAGACUUUAAUAAACAACAACUAUUGUUCUUAUUUUAAUAUAAGCAAUCGUCACAAGAAAAAUAAUGACGUUAAUAACACAAUAAAUAAAUGAGGUACUAAUUGGCAUCUAUCUCUUAUAAAUUAUCAUUUAUAAAUAAUAGUCACAUAUAUCUAUCUUUUACAUCCAGUAGUUUGAAUCAUGUAAGUCUGCGCGUUUCAUGUUGCAAAUGUGUAUGAUAAAUAAAUAGGUCUUCGGGACGCAUUGGAAACAUUAAAAAAUAUAAAUGUACAAGAAUAGAAAUGCGAGAAUUACGUCAAAUAGAAACCGUAAUUAAUAAAUGGAUAUUUAACACAGUACCCAAGUUCUAUUUAAUGGCAUGUGGCAUUUGACCAAAAUUAAAAAAUAUUUCCGAAGUUGAAGCGAGUACAAAUUUUUAUUGUAUAUUUUUCACUUAUUCCUUCAUGUAGAUUCACUUCUUUUCAAAUUGUACCAUCAAUUCGGUAGUAAUUUCAAACCGUUUUUAAAUUUGUUUGAAACAGUUUUUGAAUAUCUCUGUGCUAAUUAUAAGCAUUACAAUAAUAAUUGAUAUACGUAACUGAUUGUGAUCGUCUAUAUUAAACUAUGACUAUUAUAAAAAUCCAAAUCAAUUGGUAGAGUUAAGAUGUAAUACUUAAUACGUCUGAUCUAUAGUCUAUUUUUUCGAAGGAGAGACCUAACAUGCAGCAGUGCUGAUAAUAACUGUUCACCUCGUUACAAUAACUUUUGACUGAUAACUCUUGGAUGUUCGAAGCUCGGUUGAUAGUUAUUAUGAAAGAAUUUACAUCGCUUUCUUCGAAAAAUAGACUAUAGUACACUGUAUUCAGAUAUUUCGAAUAUUUAAUGUAAUUAUGAAUAAAUCGAAGUAGUGAUUAGAUGUUUAUUGCAAACUGUAUUUUUUAACGUGUUGAUUGUAUUGAAGUUUAGUUUACAUGUAAAGCAUCGAAAACUAUUCAAUAGUUAUUUUUCUAUAGUUUCUCAUAUUCAUGUUUACCAGAUGAAAAUAACCCCAAAAAUUGGAGAUGAUAACGUAUUUCAUGAAAUAUCAAGAAAAGUAGUGAAAAAAAAAUUUUUAUAAGAAAAAACAUCUCAUAAAAAAUUGGUUGUUUUUUACAACGAAUGAAGUGGAACGAGUAAAUAAAAUGUUUAAUGACUCAUAAAUGGCAGUGGUGUAGCUAGAAUGGCUUUUUUAUCAUUGGCAUCUUUAAAAUUAAUUAACAUUCUUUGUCAAACAUCUAAUUGUAACAUAAUUAUGACUCAUAUUUAAAUAAUAUUAUUUUUUAAAAACACCUCAAUCGUUUGUUAAAGCUGUUUAAUAAAUUUAAUAUAUUUAAAAUUAAAUGUGAUUUAAUAAUAAGUAAAUUAAUAUCAAAUUCUGUUGUAGUAACUGUAUUUAAAUAAUGUUCUUUCAUUUUUCACACAGUAAAUAAUUCGAGAGAAAUGAGAAAAAUAUAUAAUCAUUGCUUUGAUAUAUACUUUGUAUUAACAAAUACGUGCGUUUAUAUAUUUGUUAUAAUAUUAGAAGUUAUUAAAAAAAUACUCGUUACACAGUUUUCGAUGUACAAUAUGCGUGCCUGGCUUCAGUACAAUUAACACGCAGAAAUCGUACGAUGUCCCAGAAAAAUUCAAGUGUGCAUAAUAUUAUUAAUGAAAAAUGAAAAUACGUGAAAAAUUGUCGGGUAAGAAUCGCUGUUUGCUUUGAAUUAUGCGUGUACGUUGUACGUAUGGUCGAGCAUUCAGCAGUUUGUAGUUUAACCCUUUGACAACGGCGAACGUGCAAUGGAAAGAUAACUGUGAUGUUGACUAGAAUACAAGCGAUUAUAUAAAUUGUCGUACAUCAAUGAUUAAAAAGUACUUAUCUAGUCAUAUUAACGUUUCACCUAUCGGAGGUCAUUUAAUGGCGUUUUAAGAAUCAGUAAUUAAUCAGUAAAGAAUCAAUAAUUAAUAAGGUAAAAGGAAGAAGAACUAAGGGAUUAUUUUAAUUGAUUUUUCAGUAACUAUACCAAUUAAAAUUGGGUACCAGUUUCGAAGAACGUAGUCUGAUCAUUUCUUCUGCGAUUACUAUUUAAGAAAAAUAAAAUUUUUUUUUAUAUAUUAUAGUAAUUCUGAAACCUAUUUGUAAAUCUUCGAUAGGUAAAGUGUCAAAUUAUAUAUGAGACAUUCAUAAGUCAAGGCGAUUAACUUCAUUUCUUUUAGUUUUAGUGCCAAAAAACUUAUUGGUUUUAUAUGUAUAUAAUUAUGUCGAAUUUUUCUAUUUUUCAUUUUGUUGAGGUAAUCGCUUUGGUAAAUGAUAACUAAUAUAAAAAAUAUAAAAUAAAAAAGAUACGAAGCCUAACGUCAAGGGGUGAAAUAGCGCAUCAUGGAAGUCGAAUUUUCCAUUUUUAACUGUCACUGUCUGGAACAAGAAACUUCGAUUUCCAAAAUGAUAAAGAGCUUCGAUUUAUAUUUAAGUAAGGAGCAUGCAUAUUCCGAGAUGUCUCAAAUUUUUAUAUAAUACGUACAUAUAAGUAUCAUUUUUAUGAAGUGUUAAUUAAAAAAUAAAUUCUAUUCUUGAAACAGUUAAAUGGAAUAAAAUAAGUGUUUUUAUUUCUAUUCUGUUGUUCCAGUAUUGUUUUUGCAAAUAUUUGAUAAUAAUAAAUAGACUGCACAUUUGUAAAUAUAAAAACAAGUUUUUAAGAAUAUAAUCAGAAAAAUGGAAUAGGAAAUUGGUUUUCGUAGAAAAUAUUCUAAAAACCACUACACUUUAAAUAUUUUAUAUAUAUUUUUUAUAUUUUGCUAUUCAAAAUAUUCGAUCAUUAUAAAUUACUUUUCACGUGAGAACAU